CGGCCCGCGAGGCGCAUGCGCGAUGCUCGCUCCCCCCGCCCCCUCGGGGGCCGGGUGACGCACGUGCGCGCGUCCCCGCGCGCUGUUGUGCGCGCGCUCCCGCGCCGCCUGUGGCUCUGGGCGGCGGUGCACGCGCGCGGCGCGUGGUGCUGGCACGCGCGCUGUUGUUAUUGGUGCCGGCGGCGGCGGCGGGCGGGGGAGGAGCGGCGGGCGCCUCAGUCAGGGAGUUCUUUAAAGAUGGCCGGAGCGGCGGCGGCCGCCGCCACCCCCGUGUACUGCGUGUGUCGGGAACCUUACGAUGUGAGUCGCUUCAUGAUCGAGUGCGACAUCUGCAAGGACUGGUUCCACGGCAGCUGUGUCGGGGUAGAGGAGCAUCAUGCUGUUGACAUUGAUCUGUACCAUUGUCCCAACUGCGCAGUUCUUCAUGGACCUUCUCUAAUGAAAAAGAGAAGGAACUGGCACAGACAUGACUACACGGAGUUGGAUGAUGGCUCCAAACCGGUGCAGGCUGGAACACGGACCUUUGUUAAACAGCUGCGGGCUCGCUCUUUCCCAAGUGCUGAUGAAGUCAUUUUGAAAAUGCAUGGAAGCCAACUGACACAGAGAUACUUGGAGAAACAUGGGUUCGAUGUACCUAUUAUGGUUCCUAAAUUAGAUGGCCUGGGGCUCAGACUUCCUCCACCAACUUUCUCUGUUUUAGAUGUGGAACGCUAUGUAGGUGGUGACAAAGUGAUAGAUGUAAUAGAUGUAGCAAGACAAGCGGACAGUAAAAUGAAGCUCCAUAAUUACAUUAAAUAUUUCACAAAUCCUGACCGACCAAAAGUAUUGAACGUGAUCAGCCUGGAAUUCUCGGACACAAAGAUGUCUGAGUUAGUAGAAGUACCAGAUAUUGCCAGGAAGCUUUCGUGGGUGGAAAACUAUUGGCCAGAUGAUUCUGUCUUCCCUAAGCCUUUUGUUCAGAAGUAUUGCUUGAUGGGUGUCCAGGACAGCUAUACUGAUUUUCAUAUAGAUUUUGGAGGAACAUCGGUUUGGUACCACGUUCUCUGGGGUGAAAAGAUAUUCUAUUUGAUCAAGCCCACUGAUGAAAAUUUGGCUCUGUAUGAGUCUUGGAGCUCAUCUGUCACCCAAAGCGAGGUAUAUUUUGGAGACAAAGUUGACAAAUGUUACAAAUGUGUUGUAAAACAAGGACACACUUUAUUUGUUCCAACAGGCUGGAUUCAUGCUGUGCUCACAUCUCAGGAUUGUAUGGCUUUUGGAGGAAACUUUUUACACAACCUCAAUAUUGGCAUGCAGCUCAGGUGUUAUGAAAUGGAGAAGAGGCUAAAAACCCCAGAUCUUUUCAAAUUUCCUUUCUUUGAAGCCAUCUGUUGGUUUGUGGCCAAAAACUUACUGGAAACAUUAAAAGAACUGAGAGAAGAUGGUUUCCAGCCUCCAAGCUAUUUAGUGCAAGGAGUGAAGGCUUUACUUACUGCUUUAAAAUUAUGGAUGAAAAAAGAGCUUGUAACAGAACAUGCCUUUGAAAUUCCAGACAACAUUAGGCCUGGACAUCUCAUAAAAGAGCUCUCAAAAGUGAUUCGUUCCGUAGAGGAGGAAAACAACAAACCAGUGAAAACUCAGGGAAUUCUUGGUGUGUGUUCAGCUUCACGGUCUUCACAUGAAACAGCUUCUCCUCACCACUCAAGACGAAGGGUGAGGAAACUGCGAGACCACGCUACCAAAACUCCUUCUAAUCUGGAUAUCUUAGAACUCCACACAAGAGAGGUACUGAAAAGGCUGGAGAUGUCACCGUGGGAGGAGGACAUAGCAAACUCGAAACUGAAUGGGAGAUUUAACAAGCCCUUUCAACCAUCUUCUACAGUACCUGACUGGCGAACAAAGGACAAUGAUCUUCGCCUUGUGCUGUCAAAUGGAAGAAUCAUUAGAGAUGAAAGACGUCCAUUUACAGAUCGAAGUCUUUACACAGCCGAUAGCGAAGAUGAAGAUGACAGGACAAGGUCGAAAAAGGUGACUGUUAAGAGAGAAGAUCAGACCUCAGGAUUUGAAGGAGAAGGGAAUGCAGAUGCCCAAAAACCACUGAACAUGUUCUUUGAAAGUGUGAAAUCAGAACUCAGGAAAGGAUCCUCAGUGUACUCUGAUAUUUCUGAUUCAGAAGAAUCUGAGCCUGAUUGCACUACACAGCAGAAGGAUUCCUCCACAGAGGAGUCGGAAAGCUCAGGUGAUGAAGAGAAACAGGAAGUAACAUCAAAUUUCAAGGAGGAAUCUAAGGUCACGAGAGACCUUUGUCAAACUACCCAGAAGCCAUCCAGAAAUGAAACUCCCAGUAAAAAGGAAUGUCCUACCUCGACAAGUACAGAAGAAGAAGCUAUUCAGGGCAUGCUUUCUAUGGCAGGAUUGCACUAUACCACAUGUUUACCAGAUCAUACUCAAAGCACAGACUGCACAGAUAAAAGAACCUCUCUUCAGGAACAAAGAAGCUAUCCUAGAAGUAGGCAUAAAGACAGACAGCCUUCUCAGAGCCACAAAACAAUAGAAUGUGGUAGGUCUGUGAAGGAAGAGGAAAGACACCUGGGGACUUCAGCAUGGGCUAGGCACCUGAAUGAAGCUUCAAGAGUUACCCCUCAGGAUUCAAGUAAAACGCAAAAAUAUAUCAAGAAAGAGGGUGCAUCAGAGGCUAAUCAUAAGGUUCAAGAAAACAGAAGUAUAGUCCACAGCAGCGGCUUGAGUUUUCAGCAUGGCAAGUAUGUGCGAGACUCCAAUCUAAUUCAAGGAGAGUGCCGGCUGAGCGAUGGCAGCCUCAGCCCUGACAGGCCGUAUGGUGAAACAUCCUUGUCUGUUCCACUUCAUCCAACGAAGAGGCCAGCAUCAAAUCCACCCCCUAUCAGCAACCAGGCGACAAAAGGCAAACGUCCAAAGAAAGGAAUGGCAACUGCUAAACAGCGCCUCGGGAAGAUCUUGAAGCUGAACCGCAAUGGCCAUGCACGCUUCUUUGUUUAAUGUAGCUGCUACUUCUACUACUGUCUUUCCUAUACAGACCAGUAUUGAGGUCAACAGAGCCUGGAGCUGCUGUUUUUCCUCUGCUUGAAGCAGACUUGCAUGUACCAUAUAAAACACUGCCUGAUGAACAACAACAACAAAAAAAAAAACCAACCCACAACCCAAUGCUGCAUUUUCACUGUGCCACACCUGCUCAGCAAUAACCAUUUGGGAACGGGGAAAUCUUCAGAGAGACACGGACUGUGAGAAUUAGUCUCUCAUCAGGGCUUGAAUAUCAUUUGUUGCUGGUAGUUUCUGACCUAAUCCAUGAGGGGAAGAUGAUGAAGGUGGUUUAUCAAUAAUUUAUUUCUGAUAGAUUUUGACAACUUUAAAAUUCAUUUUAAAAACUAUUUAUUUGGAAGACUUUUUUUUUUUUUUUUCUUGGGAGUUAUUAAUUUAGAUUUCAGAAUGUGAAAGCUUUUAAUUGUUUUGAUAAUGUGUGUCUGGUGCAGUGGAGAGCCACAUUAAUGGUGAUUAUUCUGGACUCCUAAACUUGUUAUUCAGGUUAUAGUCUUAAGUAGGAAUGAGAUGCAUUAUUAAUUAUUUUUAAAUUAAGGCUUAUGGAAUCUUAUUUUUUUUUCUGCUCUUGAUAAGCUAUUGUCUGGGCUUCUGUUGACUUGCAAGGUGCAUAUUUUCUGCCAGCUUGAUUAUUUUUGAUCUCUCUUUUAUACAGAUUUAUUUAUUUGAUGGAGUAGAAUAGACUCUCUAAGGACACAAGAUUCUUCUUAUGUCAGUCCAGUAGCUAACUUGUUUGAAGCUGCACCCCUUUCCUCCAAGCUGGAGUGCAUGUUUUUCCUCCUGAUGUGGUGUUUGAUCUAUCCAUGAUGAUUUUCUUCUGCAAAAGCUCCCUGAAAGUUGUGUUUGCAGAAGUGAUUUAGAAUCUGGUACAAGGGAGGGAAGCAUCGUGCAUCUUCUUGGAGGAAGUGGGAGCUCAGUUAAGAUACGUGUUUCUUCACAAUUACUCAGAAAUAACUCGUAAGACGCAUUGCAGUCUUAAGAUUUGGCAUAGUGCUUACCAUGGCAUGAAAGAAGCAUUAAAAUACUAUUGUCUUUAAAGCAGUUUAGUGAAGAGUCAGGAAGGUAGGAGAAAUCCGCGUUACCUUUAAAGCUGGACAACCAAUUGGAAGUCUUAACUGGUGCACGUAUGUGUGUGAAGUAGCUUACUGGUAUCAGAAUGACCAUUUCUCUCAGGCUGCAUACAGAGCCGAUAGCAAAUGCUGAUUCUGAAUUACUGUAAAUAAUUUUGAUUUAGAAUUUGUAUUUUUUCUGUAAUAUAAAAUUAAAUAUUUAACUGUCGGGGUAUUGGGAUGAAGGCUUAAAGGGGAAUACUUGAUUCUGGAAAAAGGGCAUUUUGCAGGGUCCAGCCAAACAAAAACAUUAAUAUGCUAGUGACAACAGUCUUGUGGAUUUUUUGUUUCGUUUUAUUUUGUUUGUAUGUUUAUCUUGAGUGAUUUCUAAGCAUCAAAUACUCAAGCAUAGCUAUCCAAUUUGUUGAUGUAACAAAUCUCCAUAAUCAGUUUUUCCUUCCUCCAUAUUCUAUACUGAAAUAGUUUUCUCAUAUUGUAAUUUAAAAGCAGGUUGACUUGGACUUUCCAGAAUAUUUGUGCAGGAAUAUUUUUCCUCUACAGCAGAUGAUUAAUAUCUUUGCAAAAUCAUGGAAGUAGUUGUGAUGUCAGGUGCUUCUGAUUGCUGCAGGAUCAAAACUUCUCAGCACUAUGUUAUCCUGUUUCUGAAUUGAGAAACAUCAAAACAUAAUGCAAUUGCGAAUAAAUCAGGUAGCUUUCAUGGCCUGACUUCCUUGAAGAUUUGAAAGUGACAACUUCAGCGUGUUUUGCAGCCCUGCUUUUACAUGAUGUUGAUUUGACUUGGGAGUUGUGCGUGUACAAAUGUGUGAGUGUGGGUCUGAAUGACUUUUUAAAAAGCUUUUUUGUUGUUGUUUGUUAGCUCAUUAUAGCUCCACUACAAAUAGGUAUCUCUCUCACACCCACCCCCAGAAAGAGAAGACCACUGGCUGCAUUCAGGCUGUUCCAGGAUUUUUGUUUGUUUGUUUGUUUGUUUGUUUAAAUAAAUAAUUAUUUUUUUAUUUAAUGCAAGCUAUCAACCUUGUUUAGCAAACUUUUGGGAAUGGAGGUAACAGAAGAUUGCUAAGAAAGCAGAAGCUAUGCCAAGAGGUACUCUAUGGUGCUGAAAGUGACAAUAAUUACUUGCUGUUCUCAGGUGCUAUGUUUUCCAGAUUGAAAUAGUCAAAAGAGAGUAUUUUAACUAUCUUCUAAUAUGUUCUUACCAAAGUAGUAAGUCAAAAAAAAUAAAAUAUGUUGUCAAUAUUAGUUAAAGUUGUA